AAGGCAGCGCCUCUCUGGCCCAGGCCAAUCAGCUCUCAGAUUAGAGGGUUUAACUCCUAUUUAAAAUGAAGACUUUGAAUCUUAACGGCUGAGCUCUAAGGAGCGCUCGGCUCCCUUGGGUCGGAGGCGGGAGCCGACGGGUUCGUAGACCCUGGGACGCUCUGGGAGACGGGUGGGCGAGGGCGGCGGGCCUGGGUGGAUGUUCAGCGGGCGGCGGAACGGGCAUCAUGGACAGAUCUAAAGAGAACUGCAUUGCGGGGUCUCUUAAGACCACGAUUGCACUCAGUGAUGGUCCAAAACGUGUUCCGGUGACUCAGCAAAUUCCUCCUCCAAAUCCGUUAUCUGCAAAUGCUGGCCAGGCCCAGCGGGUCUUGUGUCCUUCAAACUCCUCCCAGCGGAUUCCUCCACAAGCACAAAAGCUCGUCUCCAGCCAUAAACUGGUUCAGAAUCUGAAGCAGAAGCAAUUGCAGGCAACCAGUGUCUCUCGUCCUGUCUCUAGGCCACUGAAUAACACCCAAAAGAAGGAGCAGCCAUCAUCAUCAACCCCUGGAAGUAAUUCUGAAAAGGAACUGGCAACAAAACAGAAAAGUGAAGAAUCGAAAAAAAGGCAAUGGGCUUUGGAAGAUUUUGAAAUUGGUCGUCCCCUGGGUAAAGGAAAGUUUGGUAAUGUUUACUUGGCAAGAGAAAAACAAAGCAAGUUUAUCCUGGCUCUUAAAGUAUUAUUUAAGGCUCAACUGGAGAAAGCAGGAGUUGAGCAUCAGCUGAGAAGAGAAGUAGAGAUACAGUCCCACCUCAGGCAUCCAAACAUCCUCAGACUGUAUGGCUAUUUCCAUGAUGCCACCAGAGUUUACCUAAUUCUAGAAUAUGCACCUCUCGGAGCUGUCUACAGAGAACUUCAGAAACUGUCGAAGUUUGAUGAGCAGAGAACUGCUACUUAUAUCACAGAGUUGGCAGAUGCCCUGUCUUACUGUCACUCAAAAAGAGUCAUUCAUAGAGACAUUAAGCCAGAGAACCUACUCCUUGGAUCGGCUGGAGAGCUUAAGAUCGCAGACUUCGGGUGGUCGGUACACGCCCCAUCCUCCAGGAGAACCACCCUCUGUGGCACCCUGGAUUACUUGCCCCCAGAGAUGAUUGAAGGCCGAAUGCAUGAUGAGAAGGUAGAUCUCUGGAGCCUUGGGGUUCUUUGCUAUGAAUUUCUCGUUGGGAAGCCACCUUUUGAGGCAAGCACAUACCAAGAGACCUACAAAAGAAUAUCACGGGUUGAAUUCACAUUCCCUGACUUUGUGCCGGAAGGAGCCAGGGACCUCAUUUCAAGACUGUUGAAACAUAAUCCCAGCCAAAGGCCGACUCUCAAAGAAGUACUAGAACACCCCUGGAUCAUAGCGAAUUCAUCAAAACCAUCAAGUAGCCAAAAAAGCAAAGAAUCAACUAGCAAACAAUCUUAAGAAUGGUGCACGGUGAGGAUUCUGAGAGGCAGGGCUGCCAUCUGGUGUCACAACAGGCCUCCCCGUGCCCGAGGGCACUGCCGACAAAGGCCUGCUGAGCAGGCGCUGCCUCAGUCUCCCCACCCAAGAGUGCACUCCAGCGAACACUGCUCUGGAGUGAAAGGAGCCACAGGAAUUGACAGUGUCACUAGUUUCACAACCCGGAAGCGAGGUUCACCUGGAGCCUCCCCACAGCCUGGCUGGAGCGAGGCCUCCCUGUGGAGCGGGGACCGGCUCGGGGUCUGACUGCGGGGAGAGGGGCCACAUCACCGUGACUCCAUCAGUGACACAGGCGUGCAAUAACCUUCUGAGCCCCUUCGCAUGUGUGUAACUUAUUGGGUGGCCAAGCCUGGGAAAGCCGUCAGGAUGAACAUGUGAUUCUUUCUUUUAAUGUUAAAAUAAAGAUUUUUUGUCGACUUCUAUCUUCAUUUCCAUGGCAUCCCUUGAGGACCGUGCUCUGUUCCAACACAUCUGCCAGACAAGAGCACUGAAGCCUGGUGAGCGAGUUCUCGUCGCCCCCGAGACUUUGUGAUACAGAAGCGUGCACUCUGCCCUCAUCUUGGGGCUGGCUAGAGAAGACGUGUCUCAGCUGUUUCUAAAUGUUAAAGGGCUUAUUUCAUGGUUUUGAGGUUUUAAUUUUUGUAAAGCACAUUAAGUCACCUAUAAAAUGAUUACACUUCA